CCAUUUAUGCUUUGAGUUUUAUGGGUGCAUUUCGGCAGUGACUUGCAUGCGAAUUCGGCAUACGCCAUAAAAAACAAUCUGAAAGUGGUGCCAUAUUCAUAUAUUCAAACUUAUAACUAUCAACAAGUAGAACCCACGGACAAUAAAGAACUGAAGGGGACAAACUUGAGUUUUUUGAGGUGUGCGACGCGCGCCAAAGUCAAAGCCAAUGAAAUCACAUUUCCGGUGGCCACACAUCGUUUGAGCCAAAUUCAAUAGACAAUUGUGGAAAAUAAAUUCCAGUCGUAAUUGGGCUAUUUACGCCCCCUCCAACCGCCAAACCGCCGACAUAGGCAGUGUUUGUUUUGAUUAACUGCUGUUGCCACCAGACCCGCUCCAAAGAUGAAAUCCAAUCCGGCCUCGGAUCACGUCUACUUCAACGACGGAUUCAAGUGCUCCACGAUCAGCAUCAGCACCAACCUCACGGAACCCAAUGGGAGCAGCAACAGCGUGGGAUCCCAGGGAUCCAAGGAGUUUAUCCUCACUGAGGACGGCAAGAAGGUGAAGCCACCAGUGAGCACACUGGACUGCACCCGUAGUUGGCUGCAGGACUGCCAGCGACGCACCUUCAAUCGCAAAACCCUACACAAGAGACUGCCGAUCCUCGGCUGGCUGCCAAAGUACAACAGCCAGGAUGCUGUGGGUGACCUGGUUGCUGGCAUCACAGUGGGUCUCACCGUGAUCCCGCAGGCACUGGCCUAUGCGGGAAUAGCAGGACUGCCCGUAGCCUAUGGCUUAUAUGCCUCCUUUGUGGGCUGCUUUGUGUACAUAUUCCUGGGCAGCUGCAAGGAUGUGCCCAUGGGGCCAUCUGCGAUUGUGGCCCUGCUUACAUAUCAGGCUGCUCAAGGAUCUUGGCAGAAAUCGGUCCUACUCUGCCUGCUCAGUGGAAUUGUGGAGCUGCUGAUGGGUCUCUUCGGACUGGGGUUCCUGAUUGACUUCGUCUCCGGACCGGUUUCCUCGGGCUUUACCUCUGCCGUCUCGCUGAUCAUCCUCACCUCGCAGAUCCAAAGUGUGCUGGGUAUCACGGCCAAGGGCAACACCUUUGUGGAAAUCUGGACACAGGUGUUCCACAACAUCGAGCACACGAGGGCAGGAGACACGGUACUGGGUCUCACAUGCAUUGUCAUCCUGCUGCUCAUGCGCAGUCUCUCCUCCUGUCGAAUUGGACCGGCCGACGAGAAGGAAUGCUCAUCCUUCCAGCGGGUGGUGAACAAGAUCCUUUGGAUCGUGGGCACUGCUCGAAAUGCCAUUCUGGUGGUCGUUUGCUGCAUCAUGGGCUAUCUGCUGCACACCGAGGAGCAUGGAGCUCCGUUCCGAGUGGUGGGCGACAUCCCACCAGGUCUGCCCAGCAUCCAGUUGCCACCCACUUCGCUCACCGCCAAUGAAACUAGUAAUGGCGUGGCCCAGGGAUUCGUGGAGAUGGUGCACAGCAUGGGUUCCGGCUUGGUGGUGAUUCCGUUGAUCUCGCUCAUGGAAAACAUAGCCAUCUGCAAGGCUUUUGCUAAUGGCAAGCCAGUGGAUGCCUCGCAGGAAUUGAUUGCCAUUGGAACGGCCAACAUCUUCAACUCCUUUGUGCAAGCGUUUCCGGGAACCGGAGCCCUUAGUCGCGGAGCAGUCAACAACGCCAGUGGUGUCCGCACUCCACUGAGCAAUAUCUACUCCGGCAGCCUGGUCAUGAUUGCCCUGCUCUUCCUCACGCCCUACUUCUACUUCAUUCCACGUCCCACCCUGGCGGCCAUCAUUAUAUCCGCCGUGGUCUUCAUGAUUGAAGUUAAGGUGGUCAAGCCCAUGUGGAGAUCGAAGAAAAGUGAUCUGGUGCCCGGAGUUGGAACCUUUGUGGCCUGCCUCGUUUUGCCGCUGGAGUGGGGCAUCCUCAUUGGAGUGGGACUCAAUGUCAUCUUCAUCCUCUACCAUGCUGCGCGUCCCAAGCUAAGCACCGAACUACUGACCACCCAGUCGGGUGUGGAGUACUCCAUGAUCACCCCAGAUCGUUGCCUAAUCUUUCCGUCUGUGGAUUAUGUGAGGAAUCUGGUCAACAAGCAGUCCAUAAGGCAAAAUCUGCCGGUGGUCAUCGAUGCGUCGCAUGUCUACGGUGCUGAUUUCACAACGGCCACGGUUAUAGACUCGCUGAUCAGUGAUUUCAAUCAGCGGGGUCAGCUGCUCUUCUUCUACAACCUCAAGCCGAGCAUCUGCUCCCUUUUCGAGCACGUGUCGGCGGCCCAGUUUGUGGUAUACUACCAAGAGCAGCAGUUGGAUGAGCUGCUCAAGGAGCGGAGCUAUGUACAGAAACGCCUUGAGACGGCCUAACUGGCUCAUUCUCCUCAACACGUGAUACAAAUCGUUUAGGCUAAGUGCUUGCUUUAGUUAUUUAUGGCAUUGUAAAUAGAUCGUGAACUAAUGUGUAGUAUUAGCCAGAGCACAAAACACUAUUAGAACUUGUAAGCUGAACAAAUAAGUGUAUUUCUUAAUUACUUAAUAAUAACAACGAACAAAAAUAA